AUGCCUAGAAGGUAUAUCACAAGAUCACAAGGCUGGAGAAAACAAGCAAGCAAGGAGCCAGUUCAGUUGAAUGUUGAUAGCUCAUCUGAUUCUUAUGAGUCUGCAGAGGACAGUUUAUACAAGCCACACAUGCCACUUGACUCUCUCGACUCAAGCGGUGACAACAAUGAUGAUGUUAGUCCUAGCAGUGAUAGGAGAAAAAGGAAGACUGCUAGUGACAAAGACAAAGGCAAGAAAAAGGUUGUUAAUGAUGAAGAUACUUCUCGUCCCCCAUCAAUGGAUGCAUCUGAUUAUGAAAAGGAGGUAGAUGAUGAUGAGAACGAAGAAAACUUGCAAUUGUCUUUCUCUGAUGAUAGCUGGAAGUCUGAUGAACUGAAGACUCCACCAGACUCUGAAGAUGAAGCAGACCCAGCUGCGAAUCCCAUCUUCAAUGAUGCUGCCAAGUUUGGACAUGUGAGAUUAGAGCUAGGUAUGGAGUUUACCACUAGGGAUGCCUUUAAGAAAGGGGUUAGAAAUUAUACAUUGCAAGAGGGUAGGGGUGUAAGGUACAAGAAAAAUGAUACUACUAGAUGUAGGGUGGUAUGCAAGAAUGAAGAUUGUCCCUGGAUGGUGUUUUGUUCUUAUAGCAAACCGAAUGGAUGUUGGCAGAUUAAGACCUUUAAUGAUGAUCAUACAUGUGAGAGAACUUUCAAGAAUAGAUGUGCAACUAGGUCUUGGGUAACUGACAUACUUGUUAAGAAGAUUAGGAAGCUCCCAGCUUUUAGACACAGUGAGGUCUUUAAUUACUUUAAAGCAAAAACUGGAAUACAACUGUCUAGGACUACAAUUACAAGAGCUUUGGGUGAUGCAAGGAAAAUAGUGAGGGGUGAUGAAGCUGCUGAGUAUGCUAAACUCAGAGAUUAUGCGGAGGAGCUGUUGAGGUCUAAUCCGGGCUCAAGUGUCAAGUUAGGUGUUAGUCCAUUGCCUAACGGAGAAGGUGUCUUCGAAAGGUUUUAUGUGUGUUUGCAUGGAUGCAAGAAAGGUUUUGUGGGUGGCUGCAGACCCUUGAUAGGACUUGAUGGGGCUUUUUUGAAGACCUAUUAUGGAGGAUGGCUGUUGUGCGCCAUGGGUCAGGAUGCGAACAAUCAUGUGUAUCCAAUUGCAUGGGCAAUUGUUCAUAUUGAGAACAAAGACAACUGGAAGUGGUUCUUGGAGCUCUUGCAGGAAGACAUUGGAGAUCAGACAGAGCAUGGUUGGUGCUUCAUCUCUGAUAUGUAG